UCCUCGCGAAGCACGGUCAACAACACGCUCCCCUCCUUUGCCGCCUUUCACAUUGUUCGACUGUAUCGCAUGCUUUCUAGCAGAGAGUCUCUUUCUAGAGGACCGAAGAGCUUCAAAGUGGCACAUUUCUACCGGCGCAUAUUAUGAAAUGCGCAAAACGCGAGAAGUAAGCGAAAUCGGCUGGCUGUACAUAUUAGUUGUGUCAGCUCCUGGGUGGCAGCAACGCGGCAUUGAAAGAGCACAAAGGUCCCAGAAUGCAGCUCCCGCUGGUGGUGGGGGUCAUCCUGAUAGGGGCCAUCCACGCGGCCACACCAUCGUCGGAUGUCCUCAAGGUGAUGAUCUCAAACAACAAUUUCGCUCUCCAACUUCUCCCGCUGAUGUCGACGUCCCAGCUCGACAACGUCUUCUACUCACCCUACAGCAUGACCACGGCCCUUGCCAUGGUUCAUGCCGGCGCGGACGCUUUGACGCGGAGUGAGCUCCACGUAGCCCUCAAAUACCACCUACUGGGGCUCGAGGAGGACGAAGUAGUGAGCGCUCAUGCAGACUUCAAUCGGCACCUGUUGGGGCCGUCCAACUCGACGCUCGAGGUCGCCAAUGCCGCAGUCCUGGACCAGCGGCUGAACGCCCUGCCGUCUUACCUGAAUGCGUUGAAGAACGGCUUCGUGGCGGAGCUUCUCAAGGCCGACUUUUCCGGUGAUGAACGGGCGACCCUGAACACCAUCAAUUCGUGGGUGAGCCAGAAGACGCAGCAGAAGAUUAGUAAGUUGUUCGACGAACCGCUGCCUAGCUUCACCAAACUGGUAUUUCUUAACGCCAUCUACUUCAAGGGGACGUGGCUCAGCAAGUUCGACCAGUCUAAAACGGCAAAGGCCCCUUUCUACACGGCCGAUGGCCGCUCUACAAGCGUCGACACCAUGCAGAGCGUUGUCAAGGCGGGAUACGCAUACGUCAGGGACUUGGCAGCUACUAUGUUGGAACUGCCUUACAACGGUCUCGACUACAGCAUGGUUAUAGCCCUGCCCCAAAACGAGUCCAGCGUUGAAGUGCUAAAGAGGCAGCUGAAUGGGACGGUGAUUGUGGCCGCUAGGCAAAAGCUCCGUGAAGCCACUUUUAUGCUUCACCUCCCGAGGUUUAAGCUGGAACAGAAGUACGACCUUAAAGAGGUGCUGCCAAAGCUGGGAAUCAAGAGGAUCUUCAACGCGUCCGAAGCGGACCUGUCCCGUAUCAACGGCGAGAAGUCGCUUUUUGUGAACCAGAUGGUACACAAGGCUGUGGUGGAGGUGAACGAGGAAGGCAGCGAGGCAGCAGCCGUCACCGGCGUCACCGUCAACACACGAAUCAUCACUGGUCCCGGCGAGAUACACGUCGACCGGCCGUUCCUCUUCUUCAUUGACAACAAACGCACAGGAAACGUGCUCUUUGUGGGACAAGUGAACAAAAUCGAUUAAGAGCCUGCCCGGGCUGGCACUAGAGCGACAGGCUUUCCCAGCCUCAACGUGCUAUUGCAGCUUUCGUUUCGAGAUACAGAUAACCUCCUUUGUCCAUCGUGUGCCUUUCCUUGAAAUUUUGUUAAUUGUAUCUUUAUAUUGUCUUUUAUGACUUUACUUAUGUAUCUGAUUGAAUCAACGCAGGUAUAUCAUUAUAUUUAGGAUGACUGACAGUUGGGCGUGUUGGUGAAUGUUCAUGAUGAAACAAGCGCUAAAAAUACACACACUCUCAGAGAGGACACAGACAAGCGCUUAUCUGUGUCCUCUCUGAGUGUGUGUAUUUUUAGCGCUUGUUUCAUCAUAUAACUAUAUGUAUCUCUCUUGAUCAACACUAUUCGACAGUAAAUUCCAUACUGCAUGCUUUUAUAUAGAUUAGUUCUCUGUAAUUGCGAAGUGCAACAAGUGGGUGAAAUGUUAUUUCGUUUCUAUCUAUGUAUAAACUAUGCGCAAUGACACACAGAUCAAGGAAAAAAAAAAACAAAAUGGACAGGAAAGUACCAAUGUCUACUUUUUAGUUUAUGGUUCAUAUUAAGCUACGUCACUUUGAACUUAAAAUGUCCAUCACAAGCCCUAUCCCUCUAUACAUUUAGCAAAACGUGUGUUGCUCAGGAGGGGCUAGAAUAACGGCUAACUUUCCUAAAGGUAAGAUUGAUGUAAACACUGGUCAGCCGUAAGACAUGGCUGGUAAUAAUACUUGGUGUAGUAGUUUGUCUUUGCAAUCAAUGCUUGAAAGCUCCGGGUUUGUUUCGGUUCUAGAGAAAGACCCUUUAUGACUGCAACUGGGCGAAAGCGGAGCCCGUGCAGUCCAAGUCGGGCCAUAGGUUUAUCGAAUAGUUCUUCACUCACAAGUUGGUUGGCCCCCAUUAUACUGCAAAUGUUACGAAACACCGUCGGUCACGAGCGUAACAUAGAGAGAUGAAGUCGUGGUUUCAAAGUAAGCCCUCGAUACUGUGGUUGGUAGCGCAGAGUUUCAGCUCUUCCCUGCUCAAUUCGAAUGAGUAACGUGUAAUCUCGGACGUGUUCCUGCAGUCGCAAAGACGAGUAUGUGUAUCACCUGUUGCCAGGCUGUUCCAUACACACCCCAUAUCAAUGGCAGCUCUAUAGUAAAAGCUUAGUUUACUCGAUUCACAUCGUACGUUCUCACUUACCAAAGUAUUGGAGCCAUAGUGAUCGAAGGUCCAUCAGAAGUUAUGAACACGGUUCAAUGUUUCUUUGGCGGUGCUUGUACUGGCGAGGUGUACUGAUUCCACCACACUGUGUAUUUGUAUCGCACAUGAGUAUCCAAGGCAUCUGGGGGCUUUGUUAAAACAACAUAAUUUCGAAAGCAAUUGAAUUCAGGACGUUGUGUUUCUGUUGGUUUUAUACUAUUUACCAAAUAAAGAGGGGUAGACGUCGCUAGCAAAUAGCGACUGCUUCAACUUUCAUUUUUAUUUCAAUUAUCAAACAAGCACCGGAACAUCCAUGCUGAGACCGGGCUCGGGCAUGAAUGUGUUGAUAAUUUUUCAUGAUGAAGGUAUGGCAAUUAAGUGAGGAAAGGUUCAUUUUGAAAGAGCGCCAAAGUAAUAGACAAAAAAAAGGACUUCACAACACGAGCACUGACGAAUAACAGAGUGCUUCAUUCAAUCUAAACAAAAGAAGAAAAGGAAUAAGAACAACAGAACAUGCGCCCGCAACUUAUGCCAACGAUAAAAAGACUACAAGCUUGUUACAUAAUUGUUUAUCCUAGUAAGUCAACUCACAAUCGAACAAUGCAAUUAAUGGCGUGUUAACGAAAAUACCGCCAAUUUUGUACAUUGCGAAUACUCGAGCCUAUGCGAGCUUCAUUUCGUCAAAAAAUGGUGUUCGUGCGAUGUUGGCUAUGUGCACAAAUUGCGCCACAUGCAUUGGCAUGCCAUCCAUUGCGUUGCUCGACAGUGAAUGGCCUGACUUUGAGAGAGGUGUAAUGACGUUACAAACCUGUAUUUUUUUUGUUAUGGGCAUUUGUUGCGCGCGCUUGUUGUCUUCUUACUUCUUCCCCUUAUCUUCAUGUUUCGUUUGAAUAAAGCACCCAGUUAUCGGUCAGCGCUCGCAUUGUCACGUUUCCUGUGUCUUUCGUAUUUUGCGCUUUUUCAAACUAACCCAAACCACAACUAGCCCAACUCUCCCUUUUGCUGAAGAAGGGCACUUUAUUAUGCAAAUUUAGAGUGAAAGAAACAAGUGAGCAUGGGUGGCAUCAAAUAGGACUUUUGUAAUUAAACAUGCAACGCACCUGCGCAACAUGAAUGGAAGCCUUUGUGUCGCGGAGAACUUGGAAUUUUUGGUAUAUAUGCAUAGGCUGGAGUGUGUUAGUGCUGCAUGGCUUCUAUUUUUUUGCCUCUCGCUCUUUUCUAAGCUUUUAGAGAGCUAUACUUGCUCGAACAUCCGUAAAAUAAGGAUGGAUUUUUUUUGUUUAUUUUGCCACUGCUAUCGCUCUCGAAGGACGCGGCGGAAACGUGUUGCUACUUUUUUUUCUUCUUUUGCUAUUCUCUGCAAUGUUAUCAGCGUUUUCCAGAAUGGAAAGAGCCGCCCGAAGUUCCUAUGUCCGUAUACCCACCACAGAGUUCACUGGCAUAUAUAGUGUGCAGGCUCAGUAUGUGACGCUAUGCAACGAACAGAAUUGGCACUUACUUAUGCGUGGGGCUUCAAUAUAUAUGUAUACAGUGUGGUCCCCUGUUAAAGGGAACACUCGAAUGCACACCAUCGAUAUUCUUGGCCUUCUAAAGGCAAGUUGAUUAAGAAACAAUCUUCAUGCAAAUCAAUAUUCUGUGAAGAAGAGUCGGAACUUUAAAUCACCAGUAGCUUUAUGCAUAUCUAAGUCGCUAUGAUUCCGUAAGAUAGCGAAAUCUAAACAUGCUGCUCACGCAGGUGUUCCCUUUAACAGUGGACCCGUCUGUACAGUCUGUUUCACUCUUAGAGGGAAUCUCGAAGCACUUGAAUUGAGCUGCUGCCAACGCUGAAUUCAAGCGCCGCCAGCAGUUUACGGAUGCACAGACACUUGAAGGGCUGUAGUGUUGAAUCAUGUCAUGUGCUAUAGCGGCACCCAAGUACAGCGCUGGCCGCACCACGUGUUAUGCGAUCUGAGAUAUACCCAAAUUGUGAAACGGACUGUGCAUGCGCAGCCGCAGUCAUGAUUUAUUCGAACGCUCCUUAGAAGGCCAUGUCGCUUUGCUGUGAAGAGAGAUGUUUUUCCACGGAGUGUGCUGAACAGUGAAGCGGCGUAAAACAUGUAUGGUGUAAAGCGCUUUUGCUUUAGACCGCUGCAGCAUGUGUUUUCAUUGUACGGACCAAAUUAAACGACAUCUGUACAUUUCGAAUGUUAUAGCGCUUUAUCAUAUGCAUAUACACCCACGCACUCAGUUCGUGCUAGUCUAUUCAUAUAUGCUAUUCCAUAAGUGAUAUGCUAAACAAUUCAAAGAAAAGCGUAUAUUGAAGAAGUGGCUAGUGAACCGAUCGUUUCUUUUUUUUUUCUAUCACUAUAGCGUGAAAACGGUAUACACUAAAGUGCAAAGCCUGUCAUAAAGAGUCCACUUUGGUAUUACAGUGCAUAUAAGCAGUCGUACUUAUGUGCAAUUACCCUCUCCCCCUCUCUUUUGUUUUUCAGCUGUGUGGUACUAAAUUCGGCCAUACAUAUACUCGCAUUUCCUAGAUUUUUUUACAACAAUUCGAUCAUUCAUAUAUAUUCAGGAUAAGUAACAGUAUAUGUCUAACUAUGUAGACUUAUGUAUACCUGUUGCUUGAUUAUGCACCUAAAUUUCAUUUUACAUUUACAGUUACCUAGUGUCAGUUGUGUAUAGUUAGCAUUAAGAAAGCGGAAAAUUGUAGCUGAACACACGAAAUCCGGUUUUCGCUGGACGAUAGAAGUACUCUUUCUUUUUUUUAGUGGAUGCGGUUAGUUUCGUGCAGGUGAUAUCGUUAUGUCUUAGUGCUAGUGUUUGCUUCAAUUUUAAUUAUCAUAUUAAUCGGACAAGCUGCUUUUCUUUUGUGAGCAAUAAAGAAACGACAAACGCA